UUUUGUUUUUAAUACAUAUAAUUAUGUUGUUAAUUAACAUAUUCUAGUGAAGAGGUUCUUUCAAAUUUCUUAAUUACUAAUAGCAAUUAACAGUUUAAUUCAAAAAUCAUUUAUUUUGGACAUCCUUAAAAUGCAUACGUUUGGCCAGCCUGCACUUGUCUUUCACAAACGAUUUCAUUUAAUACAUAAAAAUAAAUGCUAUCAACUUCUAUUCAAAUUGUAAAAUCCACAAUCUUGAAUAUUUUAACGAUUUACCAUAAAUUUUAACUGGCAUCAUGUCUUUGUUACCUCUGGAAUCAAACCCCGAAGUGAUGAAUAAGUUUCUUCAUUUGUUGGGUGUACCAGAAAAGUGGAAUAUAGUUGAUGUUUAUGGUUUAGAUGGUGAGGCUCUAUCUUGGAUUCCACGACCAGUGCUAGCUGUAAUAUUGCUAUUCCCUUGCAGUGAUCAAUUUUAUCAAUAUGCUGAAAAACAGUCAGAAGCUGUGAAGGAGAAGGGACAGUCAAUAUCCUCAAAUCUUUUUUUCAUGAAGCAAUUUGUGUCUAAUGCUUGUGGAACAAUUGCUCUGGUACAUAGUAUUGCAAACAAUGUAGAAAGAAUGGAGUUGGCAGAUGGACCGUUCAAAUCUAUGUUAGAAUUGGCAUCAAAAUUGACUCCUGAUGAAAGAGGUGAACUUUUGUUGAGAUUUAAUUCCAAUUCAGAAGCAUUUAAACUUUUUAAUGCACAUCAGGAUUUAGCCAUGGAGGGACAAACUGAAGUAAAUCCAAAUGAAAAAGUCAAUAAUCAUUUCAUAUCGUUCGUUGAGAAAGAUGGAGAUUUAUACGAAUUGGACGGCCGGAAAGAGUUUCCAAUUAAUCAUGGGCCAACUAAUGAUGACACAUUUUUAGAAGAUUGCGCAAAAAUUUGCAAGGAAUUUAUAGACAGAGAUUCAGAAGACAUCAAUUUUACUGUGUUGGCUUUGACUGCAUCGUCAGAAUAGAUAAAAUAGAUAUUUUUUAUUUUGAAUAAGAUAAUUGGAUGUUGUUAUAUGAGAGGUUUCUACUUCCACUAAAAUUAUCUUAUUUGCUGUCUAGUUUUUAUUUAUUCUUAAUACAUUCAAAAUUUUCUAUUUUUGUAGUGCAUACAUAUUUUAUUUUGUUUAUUUUUUUAUAUUAUAUUAAUAUAUAAAUUAA